AUGGAGUACAUCUACCGUAAACUGGACGUCCCCUCACUUCCCCGCCAGCUCAUGGCCCAUUUUCUUGGGGCCAGCCAGAUCGACUUUCGCACAGCCUUCGGAUGGCUCGAUGCAUCGAGCGGCGUAUUCGGCGCUGACAAAUCCUCUCUCCUCUACCUCUCCCCCAGGCUCACCCUGCCAUCGCCCUCAAUGAUGGGCUUGGACACCCCCAACGCAUCCAUGUAG